GGAUGACAUAACAAUGGGUAAUUUGAUCUGCUGACUCUGUAACCAUGGCAACACCAUUGUGAGGUAAUAAUGAUGAAAACAGGCUUUAACAGCUGUCAGGUGUUUGCAGUCAUUCUGAGUUAGGAGUUCGAGGAGGAAGGAGCUUGCUCUUUAUUCCUUGUUCUUUUAACUCAAUUUUUUUAAAAUGUCCGAUCAAAAUAUAUUUUUAAAUCAUUUUUCAUAUACGAAAUGGAUCAUUACCCUAUUAUUAGGCUUCUCUGCUGGAGUUUUGGACGUCAGCUUUUUUUAUAUAAUUAUGGGAAUAGUGAUGUGGAUCUUGUACAGAUGCUGGAAGCCAAGUACUGAGCCAUCAGCAAUAAAGUGUCAGGACAAAGCCAAGGAACAGGCAAAGGUCCCACACAAGGUCACUGACCGAGAGUUUGAGAGACUCCGGUACCUGCAAGUGUUAGUGAACAAUUCGUGGCCGUACAUAACAAAAUAUCUGGAGAAAUUUCUAAGAUGGAGAAUUCAGCCGCUGAUCAGAUCAAGAUUUAAAUAUUUAACCAAUUUUCACUUCUUUGAUAUUGAUUUUGGCAAUAAGGCUCCACAGGUGACUCACAUGAGAGUUCAGUCUGAUCCAGAGAAGAAGCAGAUUCUCCUGGAUCUCAAAAUCAGUCUCAACGCAGCGGUGAUGGUUAAUGUUGGAAUAUCUAAGACUAUCAUGGCCGGAGUGAAGUCUGUGAAGCUGGAGGGAACAUUACGAAUAAUUCUGGCUCCGCUGAUACCAGACGUGCCCUUUACUGAAGCCGUGAACAUUUACUUCCCUCGGCGGCCGGUGUUACAUCUACAGUGGACAGGACUCACCAACCUGCUUAAUAUUCCCGGUCUUCACACCAUGACAGAAAGAAUGAUUGUGGACCAAAUUGCCAACUUCAUGGUUGCACCAAAAUUUUUCACUCAGCCCCUGGCAGCCAACUUUGACAUGAAAAAUCUGCCCUUCGCGGAUCCCUGGAACGCACUUCGGAUUCAUGUAUUAGAAGCAAGAAAUCUCGUUGCAAACGACUUCUUCUCCAAGAAAUCAGACCCUUUUGUAGUUGUGCGCGGAGGAGGCACAGUUGGGAAAACCAGGGUCAUAUCUAAGAACCUCAACCCGCAGUGGAACCAGACAUUUGAGAUAUUAUUUUCAGAUUUACCAGGGCAGGAGAUUGAAUUUGAGGUUCUGGACAAAAAUGUUCAGAGAGAUGAUUCACUGGGCAGCUGUAAAAUUGCAGUUCCACAUGUGCUAAAGAAGAAAUUCAUUGAUAAGUGGAUCCGGUUGGACAAUGUGAAGUCUGGGGAGCUCCAUAUCAAGGUGGAAACUCUCAAACUCUUUUCAGACCGUGACAAGCUGCAGAAGGUGUUAAAUCUGAACAAAAGGCCGCGGCCCCCUAAGAGUGAGGAGUUGUCAUCAGUUGCCCUUUACACCGUCAUCCAAAAAGCCAGGGGUCUGCCAGUGAUACGGCCGAAGAAAUGCAAAUUAAACCCACUGGCCACCGUGGAAGUGUCAGUGACAGAUACAGUCAAGAGGACGGGGGCCCAAAUAAAUUCCGGAGAGCCAGAGUGGAAGGAGAGGUUACAAUUCCUCAUAAGGACCCACGCGGCGAGAGAAUGCAACUAAAUGUGAGUAUAAAUGUCCUUCCCUUAUUGGAUCCUUUACUCCUGCAGAUCUAGAUUGGGGCUUUGCACCUUGUGUGCUGGUUUUGUGUUUCUCUGUCUCCUUCCUUACUGGGUCACUUAUACGUGUUCUUUUCACAGGUACUAAAUCAGCGCAACAAGGUUCUGGGACACAUCUCUGUUUCCCUAUCAACACUCAUGGCUGCCAAGGAUAUGACCAUGGAGGGCUGGUUCCCUCUUGAGUCCACAGUAAAUAACAGCGAGAUUUGGCUGAAGCUGCAGCUGAUGGUAAGUGACACAUGCUAUUUACAAUAAGGUUCUACCCUUAAAGGGACACUGUUAUAAUAGUAAGUUGUCUAAAAGGGGAGGAUGAGAUGUAGAAUAAGAUUACAUUAUAGCACAUAAGAGAAUGGCAUUUGUCUCUGCCACAAGUUUUCUUAAUCCAUUGCUGAUUGUUUCUUCCCUCAGAUUCUUGCCCCUCGCAUUUUUCAUGUGAAGCGAUAGAACCAGAAAGAACUUCCAGAACCCAAAUCC